AUGAAAGAGGAAUGGAUAGUGGAGGAUUGUCCUGGGAAUAUAGGAGAUAUGUUUAAUUGUUUGAAGGUUGGUGUGCCCAGUUACUCGCAUGAAAGAUCAACCUAUGGUGUGAAUUGGGCGAAACUCGCGGAGAAAGGGAAUCGAAUAAACAUGUUUUUCAGUGGCGAUUCCUCUACUCGUAAGCGUGUUGAUUUAGGCGGUCGCAGCUCGAAGGAACGGGAUAGAAAGAAUCUUCUCGAACAGACGCGAUUGGAGCGGAACCGGCGCUUGUGGUUGCGCCAGCAGAACUCUGCUGCACUCAGGAUUCAGUCAUUUUGCAGCUAUGGUUGCACUUUAAUAGCCUUGAUUUUGGUAGUGAGAGUUAAGCUGGUUGUGGCCAUUUCAAUUGCUGUUUUUAAAUCUAAACUGCAGCUAGGGAGAAAAGUAGUCAGAACAGAACAGUCUAAACUACGAGUAAAAUUCCGUAGCAUAUAUGGGAACAACUGCCAGAAUCUAGACAGGAAUGCUUUUGGUCCAGAUUCUGAUUUCCUCCGUCAGUUCCUCUAUUUCUUUAAUGCAGAAAAUAUUGAUGAUUUUUUAAUUCUUGUGCAAAUUUGCCGAUUGCUUCAACAGUUUGUUCAAGAGAGUGAAGAAUGGGGGUUUGAGAGGUUGGGGUGGGUGGGAGAUUAUCAGAUGACAAUUGUGCCAUUAUUGGAAAAACGUGCCUACACUGCCAGUGGCUUCCCCCUUGCUACUGGAGACUCCAAAUCCAGAGAAAGCCACAAGAAUGCAUUGGUGAGGAUGAGCUUCGGGAAUGACGGUGGUGUUGCUCUGUCACAUGGCGGGAGGAGUGGUUGGGGAGUGGAGAUGAGGAACAAAAGUGAUGUGUACAAGGAAGGUGACAUGGAUGAAUGGUCGGUGAGGGUAGAGAUUAAAAUGUAUGCAACAGGGGAUGUUGUCCGACUUUUUGCUGGUGAGGAUUACUCAAACAGAUGUGCUUUGGUGAACUACCGAGUGAAGCAAUUUGUAUAUACUUGUAUUCGUGCUGUACAUCAGAAUAGGUAUCAGUUGAAGGAUCAGCUUUUAUUAACUCUGAAGGAAUCUACUGCAUCAGCUAUUCCUUUAUUGGAAGUCUUAGUAUUGUUGAUAGAUCCCAAGCUACCAUGGAGCUGUAAGAUAGUAGGAUGUCUGUCUCAAAACAAUGCAUUUAGUCUACUUAGAGAAAUUAUUCUUACAGGAAAGGAUAAUGCUGAAAAUUGUGUUUACAGUGAAAAAGAAUCAUCAUUGGAGCGUGUGCUUACUGUUCUAAUAUGCCACAUUGGUCAGAAGCCAUGUAUCUGUUCACCUACUGAUCCAGCAUAUAGCUUCUCACUACAGAUCCUUACAAUUCCUUUCUUGUGGCAUGUUUUUCCAAACUUAAAGCAGGUAUUUGCAAAGCAGGGAUUGGGCCAACAUUACAUUCAUCAGAUGGCAACAUGGGUGCCAAAUCUGAUUAAUUCUCUUCCUAUGGAUAUAUCAGAAGAAUUUCCUACCUAUGCCUGUCUUCUCGGAAAUAUAUUAGAAACUGGUGGAAUUGCUUUGUCUCGACCUGACUGUUCCUAUGAUAUGGCUAUAGACCUUGCUGCUGUUACUACAUUUUUGCUGGAAUCAUAUCCAUCUCCAACAAGAUCUAAUGGUAGAGAGAAUUCUAAAAUUGCUGAGGAUGAAAUGACUGGGGAAGAUGAAGUCAUGGAAGCAGCUUUGGAUAGAAAAUUGAAUCAACAAAUUUGUAAUGCCAUAGAUACUCGCUUCCUUUUGCAACUGACAAAUAUUUUAUUUAGAGAUUUUUCUUCAGCCAAUGGUUUGGAUUGCGAGCCAGAGGACAGGGAGGUUGCAGCCGUUGGUGCAGUUUGUGGGUUUUUACAUGUUAUCUUCAACACAUUGCCACUUGAAAAGAUUAUGACUGUACUUGCCUACAGAACUGAGCUUGUUCCUAUACUUUGGAAUUUUAUGAAACGGUGCCAUGAGAACAAAAAAUGGUCAUCUUUGUGUGAGCGGUUAUCAUACCUCUCAGGAGAUGCGCCAGGUUGGCUGUUGCCUCUUUCUGUAUUCUGUCCUGUCUACAAGCAUAUGCUCAUGAUAGUUGAUAAUGAGGAAUAUUAUGAGCAGGAGAAACCACUAUCACUUAAGGAUAUUAGAAGCCUUAUCAUUCUGCUGAGGCAGGCUUUGUGGCAGCUAUUGUGGGUGAAUCAUACCACCUCUACUAAUUCAGUAAAAUCUGUUCCAGUUAGCACAGCUAUUAAAAAGCAAUUUGAAGCCAUUCAACAGAGGGUUAGCAACGUUGUGUCCGAGCUUCUGUCCCAGUUGCAAGAUUGGAACAACAGACGACAGUUUACAUCCCCCAGUGAUUUCCAUGCUGAUGGGGUGAAUGACUACUUUAUCUCUCAGGCUGUUAUAGAAAAUACAAGAGCAAAUGAAAUUUUGAAGCAGGCUCCUUUCCUGAUACCAUUUACUAGCAGGGCUAAAAUUUUCACAUCUCAACUAGCUGCUGCUAGGCAAAGACAUGGAUCUCAGGCUGUUUUUACCAGAAACCGGUUCAAAAUACGGCGGAAUCAUAUUUUGGAAGAUGCAUAUAAUCAAAUGAGUCAGCUAUCAGAAGAGGACCUUCGAGGACUGAUUCGUGUGGCUUUUGUUAAUGAAUUUGGAGUUGAAGAGGCUGGAAUAGAUGGAGGUGGAAUAUUCAAAGAUUUCAUGGAGAACAUCACACGUGCUGCCUUUGAUGUGCAGUAUGGACUAUUUAAGGAAACAGCAGAUCACCUGCUUUAUCCUAAUCCUGGGUCGGGAAUGAUACAUGAACAACAUCUUCAAUUUUUCCAUUUUCUUGGUACUCUUCUUGCAAAGGCUAUGUUUGAAGGGAUUCUGGUUGAUUUACCAUUUGCUACAUUCUUUUUGAGCAAAUUGAAACAAAAGCACAACUAUUUAAAUGACUUGCCCUCCCUGGAUCCAGAAUUGUAUCGUCAUCUUAUUUUUCUGAAGUCACGUGUUGAUGGCACUGUGUUGUCAAGUUCUAGCUUCAAUGUUGGAACGAAAGAGGGGCAUUAUGAGGGUGACAUUUCGGAGUUGGAACUAUAUUUUGUUAUAGUAAACAACGAAUACGGAGAGCAAACAGAAGAGGAGCUGCUUCCAGGGGGAAAGAGCAUCCGUGUCACUAAUGAGAAUGUCAUUACUUUUAUACAUCUUGUAGCCAAUCACCGCUUGAAUUUUCAGAUACGUCAACAAAGUUCUCAUUUCCUGAGAGGGUUUCAGCAACUUAUUCAGAAGGAUUGGAUUGAUAUGUUCAAUGAGCAUGAACUCCAGCUGUUGAUAUCAGGUUCACUUGACAGCUUGGAUGUUGAUGAUUUGCGGCAGCAUACAAACUAUGCAGGAGGCUAUCAUAGUGAGCAUUAUGUUAUUGGGAUGUUCUGGGAAGUUCUCAAAGGCUUUUCAUUAGAAAACAAGAAAAACUUUUUGAAGUUUGUGACAGGUUGUUCUCGAGGACCAUUGCUUGGAUUCCGAUAUCUUGAACCUUUGUUUUGCAUUCAAAGGGCCGGUGGUAAUGCUUCAGAGGAAGCUGUUGACCGACUACCGACAUCAGCUACCUGUAUGAAUUUACUAAAGCUUCCUCCUUAUAAAAGUAAAGAGCAACUGGAAACCAAAUUACUGUAUGCCAUAAAUGCUGACGCUGGCUUUGAUUUGAGUUAA